AAAUGUCUCCCCGCGAUAUUUUCCUGAGAAAUGACUUCUACAAAUGAUGGAAAAGACGUGAAAAGUAAUCAAAACAGUGGCCCAAGAGGCAAAACAUAUUAUAUUGAACUUUAUAAGUCGUUGGAGGCACGGCUGAACGAGGAGUGCUCCCUCCGUGCACGCAACAAACACGUGUGCGAGGCGUGGCGCCGCAUCCACAGCCUGUGCCAGCACUCGGCGCCCACCACACACGCACAUCUGCUCGGCUGGCUGCAGAGGCACACCGCCCGAACCGUGCUGCAUACGGAAUGGCCAAAGAGCAAAGAUGAGCACACUUUUCUUCAAGAUGCCAUUCAAACAUUCAUUCAAGAGUGCGACACUGCGAUCGUUAGCAGAAAUGGCAACAGCCCGCCAUGGGAGAGCCAGCUUCUGCAGCGAAGCGAGUGGUUCAAGACAAUCCUAUCAAAUCCCUGGGGGCACCCUGUGCUUAAGGUGCUCCUGGAUCCACAGGGCAAACCCCCUACUGACAAUGAGGUUCUAGAAUGGCUGAAGGAGGAGCGCGGGGUGAUGUUCGUGACACGGCUGCGUCAGCUCGCUGCGUCCAAGUGCGACGACUUGGCGCUGAUGCUGGCCAGCAGUGUCAUGGACAGAGUUAGAGCUGGGAUUGUGGAUUUGACUGAUGUUGAACAGUUGGAGGAUGUCAGAGAUACAUCCAUAUCUGAAGAUGCGGAACCGACGCUCGCGGAUUUACUCAAAAGAGAUGCCGGAUUCACUAUCGACGUGUGGGAACUUCUCACUGAUUUGGAGUUUGUACUUCUACACAAGUGGAACAAACAGUCGCAGUGCAUCACUUUGGCGAAGAGAACACCGCUUCGCAAAGGAUAUCAGUUGGUAGAGCGACUUCGAUGCCGACCGGAGACGUCGCCCCGCGAGAAGAAAUUAUGGAAGAAUAGCAAAGAUGCUGCCACUCUAAUUGCACAGGUGAUAAUUGCACGGUGCAUGGUGGUGCCGCGGUGCACGGGCCCGGCGCGGUCCGCGCUGCAGGGCUGCGCGCGCUCCCUCGCGCGCCUCCUGCCCGCCGCGCGCCUCCCGCCCGCCGCCGCCGCGCUCGCCGCGCCCGCCGCCUCCGCCGCGCACCUGCACGCGCUCGCCGCCGCCGUGCACGCUCAGGUACCUACGGAAAUGAAGCCGUUUAUAUGCGAACUCUACGUGAGGGCGAUAACGGCUGGAAUGAAUGAAUUGGAAAAGCUCAAAUUGAAGACUGAAAAGGAGUCGGAGGCUCGUUCGACCGAACGGACGCUGUCGUCGUGGUUCACUCAGUUGGGCGGGUUGUUGUCCGCGAGUGCGCGGAUACGAUGCGAGUGUACGCUCACCGCGUUCUCGGUGCACCCCUCGCCCCUCAUGUACGCCGAGAUCGAAGCCGCGCCCGCGCUGCCUCCGCUAGCUAUCGACUUCGAUAUAAAAGAAGAGUCAAAGGCAGAAUUCGGGAGCUGGGCGAAUGAUAGCCGAUCACAGACCAACUUUGUGAAGACUUCCGAAACGUUGAACCUGAAGCAAACGCAGCAGCGGGCGAACGUGCUGUCCACCGCGAUAUUUGCGGAAGGUGAAGCUCUUGGUCUUAGCGCCGAACUCUGUCAAGACCUCGCCGUUUGUUUGUCGGGGCCCAGGGUCAAGACCUUAUCGUGGGCCACGGAUAGAGAGCAACUGCUAGAGAACUGCCGCUCGUACAUGGAGCGCACAAGCGGCGGCACUCGCGCCCUCACCACGGAGCUCAAGUAUCUCAAUCUGGAUCCCAGUGCCUACGAACACUUACCGGAGGAGGACGACGACGAGAAUGACAUAUAUUAUGGGAUUGAGAAAGGUUACGAGCAUCUAGUAGAGUUUCAAGAACCCGAAGAGAUAUGGCAAUUUGACCCUGAAGAGACUGAAAGUGCUUCUAGUAAUAUUGAAACAGAAUGUAUUAAUAUUAAACGGCGUAAGAAGAAAAAGCGCCUUAUAUUCAUGUCUGAAGAAGACACUGACCCCUUAAGUCUCACAUCAGAAAACAAAGAAACUGAAAAGAAGAAAGAACGACCUCACAGUAAAGAAAGAAGUAAUAAACACAGAAAAAAGAAAUCUGAGAAACAUCCUAAAAAUGAGGAACAUAAUUGUGAGAGGUUGAAAGAUAACUCUCAAGUUAAAGAGAAGAAAAAGGAAAAGAAGACUAAAAAGGAGAAGGUAUCCAAAGAACAAAAGUCGAGUUCUCUAACUAGUCUUAUCGGCAUCAAAGUCUCCAAGUUACCAGCUCCAGUAAAGACGGAAUCUGAAACUAAACUGAUAAUAACUGAUAGUGAUUAUGACAGUCAAGGAAAAUCUUCUAUGACAUCUGUCAACUCUGAAGGCAAUGAUUCAAUCGUCCUUUUUGAUGGGUUGUUCUCAAUGGAUGAUUAUAAAUCUCCUGAAAGAAAUAAUCCACUGAUUGAUAAAUUUACUCUUAAUAAUAGUGAGUUGAGUAAUGUACAAGAAGAUGAAUCAUUAAAUGAACAUACAAAGGCGGCAACGAAGAUUACUCUGGAGAAGUGUCAAUCAUUAGAUAUUGCGACCAGCUCUACCCAAUUGUUGGCACCUACAUCAUUGACUAUCGUAAAGCCACAACCUAAUAUUAAAACAGAAGCUUCUCAAAUACAACUACAAGAAGCUGCUAAAGUUAAUGCUGCCAGGGAGGAAGUAAAGAAAAGUAUUAAAAAAUUAUUGGACUUCAGACGGCAAAAUUAUUCCAAUGAUAAUAUUUUUAUUAGUUGCAACCAAAGUAUUAACUGUGAUAAAAUUGACAAUGUUCCACAAAGUGCUAAGGCUAUUACUACACAGGAUUUUCCAUCACAAUCUUUUGUUAGUCCAAAAGCUGUUGCAGUUCCUACUAUACCGAAGGUAUAUAUAAAUAAGAAACAAACAGAGGAGCUAAAUGAAUUAAAACAAAAAGUUAACAGUUUCAUACAUAUGAAUAAUGCUGCAAAUACUUUACAGUGGGAUGAAAAAGUUACUGUAACUAAACCCUUACAGAAUACAAGAAAAGCCAUGAGGACAUCAAUUAGUGAUUUGGACUAUGUGGAUACUGCAAUGAGUGCUAAUAAUUACAGUGACAGUUUGAAAUCUACUUUUCAAAACAAAGUUGUUUCUACUGCUAGUAAUAGCGAUCGAGCAAAUGUAUUGAAUAAAAAUAAGCAACAUAGACCGACAUGUAAUAGUAAUAAUGUACUUGGCCAACAACAUACUGCAUGUUCUGAAUCACAAGAGCAGAAAAAUUUUCAAGACUUUCUUAAAGAAUUACAACAGACUAUAAAUGCAGGCACUAGUCAAAACUUGGCAGAAAUGCCACCAGUUAGUAAUUCGAGUGGUACGGCUAGAAAACAAUUAAAGCCUAUGAGCAAAGUUACACCUUUAAUUCCUAAUACUAAUAGGCAACUUCAGUGUGCUGUAAAUUCGCAAUGUGCCAAACAGAUAGUCCACCCAAAGAAAAUGGAGCAUGCACCAAAUACUUUCUCGCGUCUCAGUUAUAUGCAUAAACAUAAACAAAGUGAUGCUAAACUAAAACAAAAUGAUAUGAAUAAUCGUCAAGAUCAUCUGUUAAAAGAAUCCUCCAUAGACUUAGCUCGGCGUAUAGCUGAAAGUAAUAAUACUAAUCUGAGGUACCAACAAACAAAUAAAGAUAGCACAAGAACUGUACGUGGUCAAAGUGUAAAGCAUAAUUCAAAUGUAUAUUAUAAUCGAAAUUUAGAACCACGAUCGUCUUUAGUUCAAGAUUGUCCUAUAAUGUCUAAUAUACUACUUUCAAAGCCAAAUAAAAAAAAUAACUUUCUUAGCACGCCCACAAAUAAACAAGUUACCAGAGAUGAUAAUUCAUCAAAACUGACAACUAGGAAUUUAGAACAGCCGAGAAUCAGUGUUAAUUCUCCUACAAUGAAAUCUUAUCUCUCAGAAAAAGAUCAAAAUGACCUAAUAUUACUGUUGCGACAACAAAACCGAAUAAAUGCAGGAAGCUCAAUGUCUAAGAUAGAAACCAGUGUACAUAAAGACGAAUACAAAUCCUCUAUCAACGGCAUUAAUCAUAUAUCUACAAAAACAUAUGGUUCAUAUAAUUCAAUAGUUACUGACCAGAGCAACAACGUUCAGCAAUAUGUGGGACAAAAAGUUAAAACUACAGUAUUACCAAAGGUCGUUGAGGUAUCAAAAAAUAAUUCAUCUAGUAAAAUAUUAGAAACUAAAUCGAUCAAGACUAAAGGCGAAAGGGUUUCUACUUGUAGUAACAAUAAACGGAAUGUAAUCAAAAAGACACCAAUCACGAAGGUUAAACACAAUUCUGUGAAAUCUGAACAAAAGUCACGAAAUAUGACUUCAUCACCGCAAGACUGGGAAAGUGUCAUGAACGCUAUUCGAGCACAAAAAACUCCAAGUAGAGAUCCAAGUGCACUGGAAGUUAAAUUGAAAAGAGAUAAUGAAAACAAUCUACGAAAUCAAAGGAUAGUGAGAACUACUUCUACACCUAAAGACAGAAAAUCUCCAAAUACCUGUCAUAUUAAUCAAAUGUCAAAUAAAACUAACACACCAGAGAUAUGUAGCUCUCCUGUAAUUCAAGGCAUGCAUAUUGCUCAGACUACUCAUUUGGAAGUUCAAAAGAAACAGCAAGUUUUUAAAAAUACUGUAAACCCACCUAAAAAAUUGCCGUGUGAACAGAAAAAGCUAUUAAGUCACGAAACAGCAUAUGAAAAAGAUCCAUUCAUAUCUGGACUAGAAAAUUCCGAUUAUGAUCUGCUGGAGGAAUUGAUGGAUGAUGAACUGCGUCAAGAAAUUAGGGAAUUGUCUUCAGAUGACGAGUCUUACACUAGAAUGUUACUACCGAAGGGCAAUAAACUCACUGGUACUGAGAAUAAUGACAUUAAGAGCCGGUCGAUAUCAUCUCACCAAAAAGACAAAACUGUGGCUAUGGAUUUGAAAUCUAAUCAGAAUAUAUCUAAUAGAUUACUGAAUUGUAGUGAGCCCAUGCAACGAACUACUCUCAAAACUAAUUAUCAUACUAAACCAUUAAUAGAUUCGUCAUUAUCGUCAUCAAGAGCGAUGACAAAUAGAAACUUACAUAUUCAUACAGACAAAGUGGAGAAUAGUAAAGGUUAUUGUAAUAUCCCUACUAUAUUGAACAAUAUAAAUCAUCAAUCUGACGAGUCUAUGCCUACUAAUGGUAGUAAAAAAUGUGAUUUUCUUGUUAAAGAUAACAUUGUGAAGAACCAGACAUCAGAUUCAGGGAAUAUUUUUAUUACUCCAGUACCACAACAAGCACAGUCUGCUGUACAAAAUGUGUUACUUAUAGGUUCAGACAUGUUCUACGAUCCAUAUGCUGUUUCAACUAGUUUACAAAGUACGGCGCCUUAUGUUUUACCAAACAAUGCGCCAAAUAUUACUCUAUAUCAUACAACACAAUUUACUACUCCUGAUAUUAAUCCAGUUGCUGUGACUAAUACUAUUGCUACAUUGCCUUUAAGUACACAAUCUGGUGCAAUAUCUUCGUAUAAUAUGCCAAGUAUUUCAUCGAGUCAACCUUAUGUAACACCGUCAAUGAAUCUGACCGAUAGAAGUAUGAUUACAAAUCAGGGCACAACAAGAGACAAUAAUAUCGUUUUGAAAACUAAUCACAGGCCAGCAAGUGAUUGUCUGCUAGCAAAUACGCGUUCUAAAUUAGAAAAUAAAAAUAAUUUAGAUAUAAACUCUAACAGGAGUUGUGAAAGAAAAGUUUUGUCCGAAGUACAGGAUAAACAGAAACUUAUGACUGUAGAAAAAAGUGGCAACAAAAUUUUAAAAAAUCAAAGGCAGUCAUCAGAUGAUGACAAAACAGCUCUUAAAUCUGAAGGAGUUGAUGACAAUAGUAGAAUAUUGAAGAAUGAAAGAAUAGAAGUUACCGAUUAUUUACUAAACGAAACUGUGAGUGAUCAUGCAAAGGCAGAAGCUAGAAUGACUGUAAAACAUAAGUCAAAUGAUACCUUGUGUUUAAAUGAAAUUUUAAGACUGCCAGAAAUUAGUGAUGAUACUUGUAAAUCAAAUAAACAAAACUCUAUUGACAAUGACCUACUUAAAAUAUCUAUGACAAAAUUGAAUGAAACAAGUGAUACCAAAGAAUCUUCAGUAUGUCAAAAUAUAUCAAGUUGUAAUAAAAUAGUACAAAAACAUUUGAUGGAUCACGAAACUACUAAGAAUAAUAUAAAUCUAUAUAAUGUUGCAACAAGAAAAGACAAUGUAAGAGACAUUAAUGAUGCUGAGAGACUCAAAAAGAAACGUUUGGCUAUUACGACUAGGGAAAUAAAUAAUUCGUGUUAUUAUCCACCUAUUCCUCUGUCUUAUAUUCCAUUGAAUAUAGAAGACGGGAUUAAGAAAAUGUUUCAAGUUAAUACAACUCACACUGUUACUAAAGAAAAUUCUUCUGACUCUAAUAUACGGGAAGAAUAUUGUACCAAUUUACCCAAUACUCAACCACAAGAUCAAGGAUUAAAAAAUGAAAAGUGUAAUGAAAAUAAAUCUAUUCAAUCAGAUUGUCCGCACAUUAAAUUGAGAUCAUCUAACAAAAAUGUAGAAAAUCCUACUAAUUUAAACAUACCCUCAGUUAGGAACAGAAAAGUAAGACUGAAAAGUGAUGUUACUGCUGAAAAUGAACAAAAUUUUUGUGAGAAAAUCGAGAUGCAAAAUAAUUUAAGCAAGAAGAAACCAACGAUAAUAAGGAAACGAACAUCGAAAAGGAUUGUCGACAAAGAAACUACUGUGAAAUCUGAUAUAACAGCGCAUACAUCAGUAAAUAGGCCUCCAGCGAAAAGUAUGUACCCAAUUAUUGGAGGCGAACAAAAUAUAUCUGUCGAUAUACGUAAUUCACAUGACAUUGAGGACAAAUUAUUACGUUCAAAAAUACCAAAUACAAAGCUAAAAGAUAUACUACAUGAACCUACAUUUUUGUCGCAACAACCAGUGGAUAUUGAAUCAUCUAAUUUAAUUAAAAAGAUGCAAAAUGAUAAUUUAGUUCACCAUGAAGGAGAAUGUAGAGUGGCCUCAAAAUUAAGCGAAGAUCAAGAAAAUUAUGAGGCUAUAACAAGUGUAAAUUCUGAUAUCGACUUUCAAACAUUACUUGCUGAUAGACAAAAUCAGAAGAGAAAUGCAACAGUCUGUCAUCAAGGUACCGAUCGUGUUAUGUCUUCUGAUAAAAAUAAUAAAACAAACGAGUUUGUUAAUCCGAAAGAAGUAGGACUUCCAGAAAUAAUUUCUGUUCGACGUCUAAGGAAAGGAAGUACUGACAGGGUUUCUAAAUCAUCAGUUGUUAAAAGUAUUGAACCAAAAAUUAAGUCAGCAAUGGGAUGUCGCAAUAAGAGUUUUAAAAGUGAUAUGAAGUUACGAAAUAAAACUAUUGCCAAAAAUAUGGCCACCGCCAAUGAAGAUAUAGCUGUUGCACGUACAGUCCAUAGAAAUAACUAUAGUGGUACACCGGGUCUAAAAACUUUUAAUACUUCAUUACCCUACUCAGAAAAAAUAGAAUUGCCAAUAAAGGACAAAACAAUUAGAAGUGACGACAUAACAUUUAUUGACUGUAUGCUGCCAAAGUCAGAUGAAGCAACUCCAAGAAAUAUCAGUCCAUCAUUGCUGUGCUCAGAAAAAAUGGAACUGUGUAGUGACGGUGAAUACAACAGGACUGAAAUCUCCUCUAGGAAAACGAUAGAUAGUUAUGAAACUACUAAGAAUUGUAGGUUAUUUAAAAAUAAUACUGAAAACAAAACUGUUCCCAAAAAUAUCAGUUCUUGUUUAUCAUCAGUGGAAGCUAAUGUUACUAAUACAGAAUUUAUGGGUAAUACGUUGCGAAAACCUAGAGAAAAUGUUGUAGACUACACUCAAACAUCUCAACCCAAGUUACCUAUCUCUCAAACAAAUAAUCAAUGUUCUCUAAUUGAAAAAGAAAAGAUAUCUACUGAAUUGCUAUGUGCUGACGAUCACACAACAAAAUUAACCAAUCAAAAACCUGUUCCUCAGUUAAAUUCUAAUAAUCAAAUACAGGCAUCUCAAGAUACUAUUGAUUUCUCAUCUGUUCCAGAAUCAUUGAAAAGAAAUGUGAUUAUUGAGGAAUUACAAGAUCAAAACAUGAAUGAUUCGAAUAAGAAAUGUGUGCGUGUUAAGUUACCUAAUGGUAGAACAUUUAAAGCCACUAUUUAUGGAAAGUUAUAUACCGAUUUCGAAUCAUUAUUUUCAGAUCCAGUCAUGAAAUCCAUGUUAUUGAAUAACAUUGCAGAUAAUAAACGAUAUACAUUAAAUGUUAAACAAGUUACAACUCCAAAAGGAGACAAUUCGAAAAGUUCUGCAAUAUCACAUAUUGAAGAAAUUGCAAUGCAUUCGAAGCGUCUUCUGAAGGAAGUUGAAACCAUAAAUUUACUUAGCGAUGAUGAAGAUGACGCCACAUGUUUUGAAUUUCAAACAGAAUUCGGUCGCUAUAAAACAUCAUUAAAAGAUAAAAAAAUGUUUGAAAUACAUCAAACCAAGUUUGGUCAAAAAUGUUGUGUUACAUUAAUUCGAUAUCAACCAACAAAAACACCCACUAAAAUUAUCUCUAACACUAGUGAUCAAAAUUUAGAUGGCAAUUUAUCGCCAACUUACAAUUUUAACUCUAACACGGAAAGGCACGAAAUAGUAACAACUGAUAUUUCAGAUAAUGCGGUGACUGUUAUACAACAAGAUAAUAGAGAGUCUUUACAAGAAAAAUGUAACGUAAGUAAUGAAAAUUCAGAUAUAAUAGAAGUAGAUGAUUCGUCUAAUGAUAGCAUAGAUAUAUUAAAAAAUUGUCCAAUUCUUUCCAUGGAUGUCGUAACUGUUGCACAAGAUGUCGUUCAACAAUUGGAAAAUGUUUCUGUGCAUGAUAAUUUUGAGGCUGAUACUGAUAAGAAUAUUGCUAUUAUUAACAAUGUUCAGGAAAAUUGUACGGAAAAGGAUUCCACGUUACAAUCGAUUGUUCAAAUAGAUAGACAACAAGAUGUUUACUUAUCUUCAGCAAAAACACGUGAAUGCGUCGUAUCACUUUCAAAAUGCGAUGAUCUUGUUAGUAAGUAUUUAGAUGUCAAUAGCCGAAAAUGUUUUAUUAAACUUGUUAGAUAUGACUCACUAGUUAAAAAUGUGAAAGUCCCUUUAAAUCACAAUAUAACAGAUGACACCAUGGAUGUCUUAAUGGAUGCUGAAGAUUUUAUUCCAGUUUCUGUUUUAUCUGUACCUAAAAUGAUUCGUAGCGAAUCUUUAUCAAUUCAGAAUGACUCUUCAAAAUAUGAUCAUACUAUAUAUACCAAUGAAACUGCCAUUCAAACGCCAAGAUCUACUUCACCUGUUAUUGAUGUUUUUGAGACUAUAGUUGCGUUGGAAGAUUAUCAAGAUGUUGUUGAGAAAGGGAAUAAGAAUGAUCAGCCUACAGAAAACAUAACUUGUGAUUGUGAAUGGUUUAUCUCAAAACGCCAGCUUAGCAUGAUAACUUUUUUGACCAAUAGAAAUUCACAUGAGCAGUGUUUGCAAACUGCUAUCAAAAUAAACAUUAACCAACAUAAUUAUAAAAACGAUUUCCUAAGAGACAAAAAACUAUGUGAUCAAAGUAUGGUACGUGAACAAAGUGACAUUUUACUAAAACAUACAGGUAAUCGUUCUCAAUAUAAAUAUGAUAUUAAUAAGCCGUCUAUAAUUUACAAGGUACCAUCUCUAAAACAUCUUACGACUUCAUAUUUCCAAAUUAAUCCAGUUGUUAAAUUAAUAUGGCCCACUUGUGAUGAUACAUCUGCAAUAAAAGUUGUCACUACACAUAAACUGAAAAGAAAAUCUCAUUAUAGUGAUAGUACUGCUGUAGCUAACAAAGUAUUAAAAAUUAGUGAAAAUAAAGCCCAUUGUUGGAAAGGCAUCCACUAUUUGGAUAAUAAAACAUUUCGUGAUAAACAUUAUGAAAAUAAUUACCAUUAUCCGGCAACUACUGGAAAUUGCUCUUAUAAUUUAUUAAUAGGACAUUGUAAGAAAAGCGAAAAACAUAUCGAAGACCAUAUAAUAACAGCAAUCGAAAGAGAAAAUUCCAAAGAAACGCCUGCUACAACAGUCUCGAAAGAUGAAAUAAUAGAAAAUCUUAAUAAAAUACAAGAUAAAAUUGUUGUACUACCAAAAAUACACAAUACCAAAAAUAGUGACUUCUUCAAAACAGAUUUGGUGAUUGAAAAAGAAGACACCUUAUUAAAUGAUCAUGCUGAGAAAUUAUUAAUAAAAUCUGAAACAAAAGUACAUGACCAUAAUAAAAAUCAUAGUGAUUUACAAUACUUAGCCAAUACAGAUAAACACAUUCAAAAUGAUGUAAAUUGUGAUCCCAACAUGUAUAAUCCAACUACCAGAAUAACCAAUCAGUCUAUGUUUCAUAAAAUGCAACAGAAUGUUAAAAAUAUCGAAAUAGGGUCACAUGAACACAAAAUAAACGACGACCCUUUAUGUUCAUCGGAACAUAAAUGUUCCGAAUUUACUGAAUUAAUAAAUAUACAAAAUUCUCUAAAUAAUGAUAAUAAAAUUCAUAAAAGUAAGAAAGAUAUACCGAUAAAUGAAGAAUCAAAAACUCUAAACGAUGUGAAUGAAAGUAAUUCAGAAAUUAAUAAUGAGAAACCUACGUUAUUGGAUGCCAAACAUAUAUUAAAUAGUCCUGAAGUUCAACUUGAAAAACUGUAUUCAUUAUUAUUAGACCAUGAAUACAUUGGAGAAUUUAAUAUUACAAAAAGAGAAAAGGAAAGUAGUAUUCACGAAAUAGAAGAAAGUACCGUAUCCGAAAAUAUAUCAAAAAACAUUCAGCCACAGAAAGAUAAUAGAUCUAAAAUUAAUAAUAGCGAAAAUAGCUAUCAGAAUAGUUCGGAUAAAAUCCUACUCUUACGUGAGGAAGAUCCAAGUGUGGUUCUGGAAGGUGUUGAAUUUGAAGAUCCAGUUGUAGGCACAUGCUACGUAUUUCCUAUAGAUGAAAAUUCCACUGCAAGCAGUGGAAAUAACGUGUCGAACUAUACUAGAGAAGAAAUUAUUGAAAUGAUCCAAGAAAAUGUUUCAGGUUCAGACGAAAACAUAACUUCAUAUAGUGAAUCACAGUUGGAAGUGAUUGUUCCAAAAAAUACAUAUUCCAAUGCGAUAUACAGUGACGAAUCGAAUUUGGAAAACGUGAAACUAAAAAGAAAUCUGAAACGUAAAAUAGACGUAGGGGAUGGAAAACAUAGUGAAAAAAAAUAUAGGAAAGGUAAAAAUAUAGAUUAUCCUAAAAUCACAGCAGCUGCCAUUAUUGAAUCGGGAUAUAGUAAAGAAUAUAAACGUUUGUUUGAUUACUUCAGCUCUUUAAAAUUUUCCUAUUCCCGAUCAUUUCUCAAAGAACAUAUUGACGUAUCUGAUAUGAUUAAAGAUUGGCCUAUAGCGGGAACCUGUGCUGAGAAUUCUGCUAUCUCUACUAGUCCAGAAGAUUGCUAUUUAUUUUCGGAUUCUAAUCAUGUGCCUACUUCUGUCUAUAGCCCUUUUAAUCAAACUUUGUCAGAAGAAAUUGAUGCUGAAUAUAUUGAAAUUAAUACACCUAUUAAUGAGAAUGAAACCAAUUUCAAAAUGGGUUUUGGUGAGGGGUCCGACAGAGUCAUGCAAAAUUUAGAAGAUAUUAUUGUUAGUGAUUAUUUAAAAGUUUCGGCUGCGACUCUGUCGGACGUAAAACACCCUCAGCCGUUUGUAUUUUCCGAAAAAUAUGAUGAUGACCAAGUGCAAGAAUUUUUUAAGAAAACCACGAUCGAAAAUGAUCAACUGGAAAAGAUAAACCGUUACAUGUCACAUAUUAAAUUACAUGAUAAAGUACAAUCAUACUUCAAGAAAACCACAAUCGAAUUAAAAUAUGAUUGGAUUAAGGAAAAUAAUAAAGAUAUAUUCGACGCUCCAAGUUUUCCAUUUGAUUUCUAUGUUCAUGAUUUUAUGAAACCUUCACCUAUUGAUCCAAUCGUUCAAGUAGUUCAAGUGGGCCAAUUACCGGUUAGCGCUGGCGCACAGAAUCCGGUAACUUGUGACCCACGCGUUACUCAAGUAUCUAAUGCAAGUCCGUCGCAGUGCUCAGUGGAAAAUAGCCCACGUGAUGACUCACAGACGGUUAUUAAAACCGAAUAUACAGAAUUAACAACAGCUAAUUUAACUCUACCAAUAGUACAGGAUUAUGGUCAACAUAAUCAAUCUGUACCUAUCGAAUCACAUGAAGUAUCCAACUUGCAAACGACUGAUGAAAAUAUACCAAUUGAAACAGAAAUAAAACCCGUAGUAAAAAUCGAGUUAGAGGAAGAGUUACCUGAAGAUAAAGAUGAAGCAAAUGAAUGUCAAGAAAAUAGCCAGUCUCUGAAUCAGACAAAUAAUCAUGUAAAUGAUAUUGACUAUGCUUAUGACGGUGAUAAUGGUAAUGCGUGUUUAGAUGAUCCAAAUAUAUAUAAUAUAGGUGAAAAGGAGUCUGUUUCUGAAACUUUUUCUCAAAAAUCUGAAAAUUCUGGUUCCGAAAAAACUGAUCAAAUAGCACAUGCUAUGAAUGCUGCUGGAAUAACAACUACGUCAGAAACUAUUGCGGAUAGUACAGCACAUGCAUUGGUUAACAUACUCUCUCAAAAAAUUGGUCAGAGCACAGUAGCUCCUGCCAAUACUCAAACAACAACAAAUAGUUAUCCUAAAGCGACGUCAAUAAACGCAAUGGCACUUCAGCAAGCUUUAGCUCAAAUUCUACCACCACCAUUAAAUCAGACGAAUAUGUCUGAAAAUAAUACACAAGCAUCAAAUACUCAAGUGACUCCUCAAGUCUUGCAUAUUGUUCAAGGCAAAAAUGCAUCAGGAAGCCAAAUAACAUUAGUAGAUAACAGUCAACAGUCUGUUAUAAGCACUCCUAGUGCUACUCCUGUAUUGCAUAUUGUACAAAAUAAGGCUGGUACAGCAGGUGCCACAGCAAAUGGUACCUCUGGAUCUCAGUCAAAUACAUUUAGUGGCCUAUCAUUAGUCGAUACAGGUCUUCAACAAGGAGGAAAUCAACUACUGCAUAUCGUGAAUACCGGAAAUCAGAAAAACAGUAAUGCUGGACAACUUCUUAAACGAGUGAACCUUUUGACUAAUCUCGCAAAUGUUCAAGGUUCUAACGAACAAAAGAUGGUGCAGUUUGUAUGUAAAUCUGCGGACGGUAAAGCGAUUCAGUUGAACGCUCCGCACCAACGAAGUAUGGUUCUUAGGCUACAACCAAUCGAGAGUCCUAAUAUCCAAACAAAUUCAUCAAAACCAGUUGAACCCCAAGAUAUGAAUACACCUCAAUCAAUUGCCUCUACAAUACCUAAUAAAGAUAAUAUUAAUUCUCAACAAGAAAUAAAAUCACGUUCAGUUUAUGAAGAGAAUUACGCAAAAUUUAUACAAAAUUCAUCCAGCAAACCCACUGUUGGCGAGAAAUCGACUACUUUACCAAAGUUCAAUCAAGCAUUUGGCAAACCUGUAUUCCAAGAUGGCAAUCAAAAGUCAAAUGAAAUUAAUGUUAAUAAUCUUGCCUCUAUAAAUACUGGAACUGAAAAUUCAGAUUGUCCACCUGUUGUUGAUAAUUCUGUAAACCUAGAGCACAUAGGGCAAAUAGGUAGCCCACCAUUACUGUUGAGAAAAUCACCUGCUCAGACUUCGCAGGCGCAACCCAAUUUGGUUCAGCAAUUAAAACAAACAAUUGGCCCAAUGAAUAUCCAAACAAUGCAUGGCGGAGUUAUAUACACCCGCCAAAUCCCCGUUAACAUAGGUGGCGGGCAAACAAUAAAUCUAAUAACGGUACCUAGUACAGAGUUAAUGGAUGAUUCAGGUCAAAAACAACAAACCGAUGUUAAGUUUGUUAAUCAGGGUGAAAUGGAACCGUCAAUAAUCAAGAUUGUUCCUCAAACCCAAACGACAUCUAAUUCUGAAAUUUCUGCAGAAGAUAACGCUCACAUGGGCGUUACCAACGAAUCUAUGCAAAAUUCACAACCUGUUUUAACACAAAUGCGAAUAAAAUUACCUAUGUUGAGUAAGACUCCACAAAUGGUAUCCGGCACAAGAGUCGUAAGACCGUCAUUUUUCCAGAUUCAAAGAAAUGUCAUUGGAGGUGCAAACCAACCUGUUUAUCAGCAGUUGGUACUGACAGCUGCUCCGCCGCUUGGCCAACAAACUAUACGAUUGCCACAUUCACAGGUAUCCAGACAAAUUAAAGUUCCUUCGGAAAAUCAAUCGACGGAAUCUCAAAUGAGCUCUUCUACACUUGAACAGUUGCGCGAAUUUGAUAUGGUUCUUGAGCAAGUAAAGGAAAGGAGCACUGUACAGCCUAAUGCGACAUCGAAUAGUAGUUUCGCAAAAUUGCAUACAUCAUCAACUGAAGUCACUGAUAAUGGCGUAUCCGUCAGUUCUACUCUUACGGAACCUACUCAAGUACUGUACUCUAUUGGAAACAAUCAACCACUGAAUGUAGCAUACGUUAAUAGAAAAGCUACAGUAACCACUCCAAUCACAUCUGCCUAUGUACGAUCACCCGAUUCGACAGGUAUAGUCGAUUCAUCUACACCCUCGUCUCACGUACAAAUACCUCAUACGGUUACCGCGAGGACCUCACCAAAUGAAAUAACUCAUCAUCCGAAACCCGCCAAGAUAGGAUCUAAAUCGAAAUCUAGACCGAAGUCUUCACAUCUUCCUAGUUCAAUGAAGUUAAAUACUGUACCAACAAAGACAUCAACACAAAAACCAUUAGAAGACGAACAGACAACACAAAGAAUUCUCUACAUAUUGGCUGAAUAUAAGGAACAAGUAGAGAAUUCUCCAGACAAAGAUAAACCAGCACCACGUAGAAGAUCUAAUCCACCAUCUAAUCCAUCUGGGUCUUCGAAACGUAAGAAAAGUUCGAGCAGUUCUCGCCGACCAGGUGUACGCGAUUUAAGUCCUGUUCAUGGAGACGACACAUGUCGUACGAUGGGUUCUGAAGAUAGUAGUUGUGGAACGUCGCAGGGCGACUGUAAUGAAAGCUGCCUAGAAAGUCAUUCUCCUCAAGACAGUCCCCGUAAAGUAGUGCGAAAACUGACAUUUGAACCAGAAACACCACCUGCGCAGCCUCGUCCACAACCGCAGCGAAACGUGAUAGUAGCGGAUGGACAGACGAUUACCGUUGCUAGAGGGACAGCAGGAAAACCAACGACGGCAGUACUAAUGCCAGCAAAUUACAUCUUACCUGUGUCUAUGGUUAAAGGGGGUCAACAAAUAGCCAUAGUAACUAACCGCGGGCCGAAACUAUUGACCGUUGGAGGUACAGAAGGAGGUACAACCAAUGCGUUACUGUUACAGCGAUUAAUAGGCCCAGCAGGUUUAAAACCUGUACUAGCCCGGCCUGGUGUGCGACAUGUGAGAUUACCUACAGCGGCGCUUCACAAUCUUCAAGCAUUUAACUUAGCUGCUGCUACAGCUGUCCACCCACCUAACAGUACAGCGUCACCAGCACCAGCCGCUACCCCUCCGGAACUGGUUGAGACUAGAGCAAAUAGUUCUCCGUGGACUGAUAGGGAGUCUCAAGAAGUGAAACCAGAAAGGGGCUCGAGUCCGGAAGGCUCUGAACCCUGGAACCUCCACACAGCAGCUGAUCCACACGACUACACUUAUGAGGAGACUGCUAGAGCUGAUAACUUGGACCGAACAGUUCUUAUUGUGCACAAGAAAGACGGUUCUGCGCAGAGGCAGCAUAGAUUGACACAUGUUUCGGCGGCGGCUCUGAGACACAAAUACGCCAUUUUGGAACAUGAAUUGAGACUUCAGAAAUCACUAUCGGAGGAAUGCGAGGACCUGGGCGUGGACUCGCCGUCCGCUUCUGACUUGUUCCCUGAGGCUGAGCUGCUGUUUGCCGCCUCACCAGCACACGACCACACGCAGGACCAAGGUCACCACUCGCACACGCCUCAACCAACAUUAAUGAACCAGAGUGGUAUACCUCAGCCGGAUAUAGAUGACCAGAUAGCUACAGAUCAACUCCUCCCCCGUGAUUCAAUGGACCCGCAAGACCUGAAUCUAGGGCUCGAAGAUGUCGGCAUAGUGACAGUCAGCGAGGAUGGCAUGCAAGCAACAAUAGCGCUGGACCAGGAGGAGUUUGCUAGGUCCCACCCGAAUACGACGUUUCAUAGUGAACCAACUGAAGAAACUGAGGUUCAUCCGUUUACGAUAGCCGGACUCAAAGGUCGUCACAUCACUUCAACUAUAUUUCAUUCGAAUCGAGCACCUGCGACAGUCCUGAUGAGCACACCGCAGACAACUGUUAUAUCCCAAGCCACUGCCGAACCUAACGGUGUUCAGAACAUCAAGUAUACAGAUAUAGAUAGCAUGAUACACGCACUACCCUCAAGUCACACCAAUAAUAUUAAUCUGUCGUCGGUGCUCGUGAAGGACGACGGCCUGACUCGAUUCGACAGCAUCUUGAACGAUACUAGAGAACUGCAUCUCACUAAUACGGCAUCCGCGAUAGUCCACUCGACAGGAAACGCCACCCAAGUGAUAAGAAGGGUGUGCUACGACGACGACAAGAGGGACCGGGACACCAGGUUCCUCCUGGACGACCCGGACGCCCUGAUCGCCGGGGACGACGCGAAGAUGAUAGCCGAGGACAGCUCCAGGGACGCGACCCUCGAGUCGAUGGCCGACGACGACGCCUCGUCCCCCGAACGGCACACCGAGCUGUUCUGGGAGUCGAACUCGGCGUCGGAACGGUCCGAGGGCCGACGGCCCCUAGACUUCAGCAGCGACAGCGACAAGUGCUGCAAGAGUCCGUCGUGCGACGAGACCAACUCGACGGACUCGAGCGGGGCCGGCCCCGCGAGGUGCUCGCUCGGGGCCCCGGCCGGCGCCCCGGGGGCGGCGCCGGGCGCGGCCGGGGCCCGGCUGCGGCUGCACUCGGUGAUCCGGGAGGCGCGCUCGGACGGCUCGUCGGACGACGCGCCCCCGCUGCGCACCUACCCGCCCAAGAGGAGCCUGUCCGGGAAGACCCGCGCCGGGGAGCGCUCCCCGGACCGGCGGCGGCGGGCGUCCGGCCGCGGCGUGGUGAAGCGCGGCUGCCACUGCUGCAACGGGGAGCCGGCCCCGCCGCGCCCCAAGAAGCCGCGCCAGAGGAAGCCCGCCAUGGACUUCGUCGACUAGGCGCCGACCCCGCGCCGCGCCCGCCCUCCACCGCGCGGCUGGUGCGCGCUCCGCACCCACGUUUUAUAAAUCGCGCAUCGCGCCAGACUGACCUGCGAUCUCCUUAAUGUUGAGGUUCCACUUAGGUGUAUAAUAUAAUAAAUUGUUAAAAUUGUUUUGUAUAUAAUUUUAUAUGUAACGAAACUGAUAUAAUGGUAAGUUAGCAACUGAUUUUUAAGUGAAACGUUUUGUUAAUGUUUACUUACGUUUGAAUUUAGUGGUUCCUCUUUAGGUGUUAUUAUUUUAUGUUGUGCUGCUACUGGGUCACCUAUGAGUUCAAAUCGAAAGCGCCUUUUUUUUAUUUCAUUGUUAAACUUUACUUCGUGUAAUAUAUUCGUAUACAUACUGUAUUCAUAUAUAAUUGUAUAAUAAAUGUGUAUUAUCUAUAGGUUACGUCGGACGUAGGUUAAGUGUUUACAUUAGUGUUUACAGGCCAUACUCAAAUAUAAAUCUAAUCGUGUUUAGAUAUAGAUGUGUUAAUUAAUUUGAGACAUAGCCCUUCAUAACAAUGCUAGACUGAAUUUAAUGACGUUGUUUCUUAGUACGUUGCCAUUUAUUUCGAAACAUAUUUGUAAUAUUAAUUUGUGUAUUGUAAUGUUACGCAUAACUUAACUGUAAGUGACUUCCACGGGAACUGCACAAAACGGUGUUACGUUUCGCCGUCGAGCGAUAUUUUGAGAUGGUGUUUAUCUGAAAUCGUAAUUGUUCGGUGCCAAUGUUGAAAUCUUUGACGCGGCAUUCGCGCUUCACAUUUCCAAAGGUGUUAUUUCUGUAUUUAAAUAUAUUAUAACGUUUAAUAGUAGCAAUGUGUUAAGCUAGUGUGAAUUUGAUAUCCAUAGUGUUAUAUGUACAUACAUUUUUGUCCCCAACUGUUUAGGGGACCGUCUAGUCACUAAAACCUAUAUGAUAUAGAGUUUAAUAAUGUCUUUUGUAGACCCAGUGGGCUCUGAGACUCCAUCGCUGGCUUGUGUGGCUUAAAGCCAUUUAUUACGUGUUAAUUUCAUACAGUAUUUCCUCGCUUGUGUACAUAAAGCUAGAACAGAAACAAUAUUUGCGUCUGUCACAUACUCGGCGAGUAUUUAUUUAAUAUAAUCGCGGGUACACUAAUACAGAAUUUGUAAAUAAUUACGGAUGGUUUCAAUUUUAGUGAAUUUAGUAAUUACGGCCGUUCAACGCGGCCGGUUUAUAGCGAAAAGGACAUUUUGUGCACACAACUGGGUCAAAGUUAUAACCCAUAGUUCGAUAUGUAGUUAUAAGAUUAUAGAGUUAUAUUAGAUAAAAGAAAACUCAACAACUGACGUUGUGCCAGUUAGUUUUGAGUUUGGGGGCUAUGCGAGCAAUGGUAAACAAUAUUCUGACUAAAGGCACUAAAAUUAACAAAAUCCUAUGUUACUGUGGACUUGUUGAAUCCGUGAUGUUAUACAUUUUACGCAUACAUUUUGUUUGAGAGAAAAAAUCAGUUUCCGCCAUUUUUUAUUGCGUUUAAAUUUUUUAUGUAAUCAAAAGUAUGUUGUUGUUGCUCGAUAAAUAUUGUUGGUAGCUGUUACCUUCGAUAUUAUUGUCAAACAUACAGUAUUGCAGAUGUGUUUUGUUAUAUAUUUUAAUUGUAAAUUUAAAUUUAUUAGCUGUAUAAAUUUAUAAUUAACGUUUAGGGAGUUCCGUCAUUAGUUUUUGAUGCAACAAAUUGUGUUUUGUGAUUAUGUGAACAUUAUUUUUCAAAGUGCUACAGAAGAAAUGAUCAUUAAAACUUAACUAUUAAAUUU